AUGGCUGCAUACAAAUUGGCCUUGGGGCCAUCCAGAAUGAUACCCAAGAACUACCAGCAGUUCAUAGUCUUGGUGUUUGCAGUCAGCGAGGUCAACAAAGAUCCAGUUCUCCCCUCCAACAUCACUCUUGGCUUCCACAUCUAUAGCAAUUCUCAGACUGAGGUGGAGAUUUGCUCAAACAGCCUCUCCCUGCUCUCCACCCGAGACCGAAUGGUUCCAGGGUGUGGCAUGAAGAGGUGCCAUGCAGGAGAGAGGAAGAGCGUUCCAGAAGGCAAGGAAGUUUGCUGCUACCAAUGUGACCCUUGUCCAGAAGGGACCAUUUCUAAUCAGACAGAUGCAGCUCUCUGUGAUCCUUGCCCAGAAGACCAAUAUCCCAACAAGGACAAGGACCACUGCAUUGCCAAGAAGCUCCACUUCCUUUCCUAUCAAGACCCCCUGGGAUACUCCUUAACAUCUCUCACUCUUUUUCUCUCUGUGACCACAUCUGCAGUUCUGGUGAUUUUCCUUACGCAUCAUGAUACACCGAUUGUCAAGGCCAACAACCGAGAUCUCACCUACAUCCUCCUGGUCUCCCUCCUGCUCUGCUUCCUCUGCUCCUUUCUUUUCAUUGGUCAACCCAGGAAGCUCACCUGUCUCUUCCGACAAACUGCCUUUGCCAUUCUCUUUUCCCUUGCAAUUUCCUCUGUCUUGGCAAAAACUGUCAUGGUGGUUCUGGCCUUCAUGGCCACCAAGCCAGGGAACAGGACUAAGAAACUCUUAGGAAAACCACUGACCAAUUCCAUUGUCUUAGCCUGUCCCCUGGUCCAAGCACUUCUUUGUGCCACCUGGCUGGUAACCUCUCCCCCAUUUCCCAACUUGGACUUCCAUUCCUUGGUAGGAGAGGCCAUCUUGGAAUGUAAUGAAGGCUCAGCUUUGAUGUUUUAUGUUGUCCUUGCCUAUCUGGGUUUCCUGGCCCUCGUCAGUUUUACAGUGGCUUUUUCAGCUAGAAAAUUGCCAGACAGCUUUAAUGAAGCCAAGUUCAUCACUUUUAGCAUGCUGGUCUUUUGCAGUGUUUGGAUCUCAUUCCUCCCCACCUACCUGAGCACCAAAGGGAAGUCCAUGGUGGCCGUGGAGAUCUUCUCCAUUUUGGCCUCUGGGACUGGUCUCUUGGCCUGUAUCUUUUUCCCCAAAUGUUACAUUAUUUUAUUUAGGCCCAAUCUGAAUUGUAGAGAGAAUAUAAUGAGGCACAAGAGUCUCUGA